GUUCAGUUCAUUUCAGACCUAUUCUCCACAGUGAACACCAGUGAGUUAUUUAUCUGCACGAAACUACAAACAGUUAACUGAAAGAGCAAAACACACCACUCAAAGUGAGGAAAACUGCAAGAAAGAAAAGUCAUUAAGAGGAGGAGGAAAGAAAGACAAAGACAAAAAGUACACUCAGUUCUACUGAAGAUUUCUGAAGACAGACUGAUUCCUGAUUCAAAUAUAAAGGACAAAGAAGCAGAGAACAUGGAUGUUGAAAAUCUUGAUGAUCUGAUGAAUUGUGACGACAUUUGGGAGGACGAAGAGUUCACCCUCCCUCGUCCCCCGUCAGCCAUCAGUGAGGAGAGUGCAACAUCAUACGCCUCCUCAUGGUGUUCACUCAGUGGGGAGAGCAUAUCAACAUAUACCACUUGGGGUUCCCACACUGACUCUGAAAUCUCAGAAGUGAUCACACCAUCUUAUGAAGAUGAGGAAGAUGAGACUGAGAUAGAGUCAAGCUCCAGACUGUCCAUCAGGUCAGAAGAGAGCACAAGGCCUGUCUCCAGCGCUGUCUCAAGUCGCCAGGCCAGAGACUCUCAUUAUGAGGUUCUGAGGGCUUUGCCUUCAGGACCUGCAGGACAUGAUGGAUAUCCUGUAUUCACACAGGACGACAAAAAAGCAGCAGCAGCAAACUUGCAACUAGCUGGAGAGGUCAUUGAUCAGGUCAACUCUGUCCUAUCCAUGACCAUACAACCCUCUAUGGAUGGAGGAUCCUUCAGCGUCACUACUGCUGACAGCUGCCAGGUGUCAGACGACAAAACAGCCAAGAAGGCUUUGGAGGGAGCCAUGGUAACCAUGAAAUCUUUCAUCACAGGACGAGGCACUACAGUGAAGAGAAGGAUUCAGACACAGAAUGGUUUCCAUUCUCACAAUAAAGAGGAGGCACUGGCAAGACAAUUUAACCACAAGAUGAAGAGGUCACUAUGGCGGAAGAAGAGGAUUCACCCAGCUCCAGAGGAACAUUUGGUUAAGGCAGGCAUGUCAGGCAGCACUGACUUGACACCUAGAGGCAUAGGAGGAUGGUUGUCCGGUCCGCUAGAGUUGGAGGACUAUGUGGAGGACAAGGACGUGGCACCAGAAGACAUUGUUUCAUCUCUGUCUUCUACUAGCUUUAUUAAACCAGAUCAUCAGGUGGUUGAAAUUACGACUGACGAGUCCACAGAUGAGACGAGAACUUCUUCUCAGUCCAGUGACUUUGGCGAUGAAGAUGAGGAAGAGGAAACCUUUAGCCAGAUCUCUGUGGACCAGUCUCAGCCUGCGUCCAAGUGUCUGAGCAACAACCAAGAUUAUGUGGCGGAGACCAAGGCUAGUAAGAGCAAAGGGCUCUUCAGCCUCUUCCGCAGCAUCUUCUCAAAGAAGAAGAAGAUAAAGAACGAGGAGCAGAACAAGAGGGCUUCUACUGAGAAACAAACUAAACAGCGUCCUGUGUUGAUGCGGCUGUUGCACUCCAGUUCAACAAGCAGCCAUUGCCUUACAGAUUAAAGACCAGAAUCAGGAUCAGCUGGCCUGAUCAACCCCCUCCUUCUCUCCCCUUCUAUUUUACUUUUACUUUACUCUUUCUGUCUACUUCUCCCUUUUUUCUCUCCC